CUUGCCAAGGAUGGUGCUACCCUCACCCCUUCCUUUCCCUGUCUUCCUCGCCAGAAUAUCUUGAGCAUCUCCAAUAACAACUACUACCCCAUCGCUGUGACCCAGCUGACCAUUGAGGUUCUGCACCUGUCCCUCGUGGUGGGGCAGGUCUCCCACAGCCUUCUCCUCCACAUCGGCCCUUUGGCCAGUGAGCAGGUGUUUUAUACAGUAGCCAACAGGAUAUGGGAUGAAAACACAUACAAGAUCUGUACCUGGCUGAAAAUCAAAGUCCACCACGUGCUCCUGCACAUCCAGGGCACCCUGACCUGUUCCUACCUGAGCCAUUCAGAGCAGCUGGUCUUCCAGAGCUACGAAUACGUGGACUGCCGGGGAAACGCAUCCAAGCCCCACUUGCUGGUCCCUCGCCCGCCGUGACCUGUCUGCUGUCGUCGAGCUCCGGGCACCUGCCGGCCUGGUCUGUAUCUCCCACCACUCCGUGGCACCCAAUAGGACGAGAGUGACUUUGCCAAAGGAAAAGCUCUGCUUUAUC